AUGUUCCGCUCGUUGAACAAUGUGCGCCGGCCCUCGCACAUGCACAAUACAGCAAAAGGCCGAGCGGCGAGAAAGAGAGAGAAUGUGCACUUGGUACCCCUCUGCUCUUUCUCUGUCUUCUGCAUGCAUGCACGCACGCACGCGAUCUCCUUUCUGCUUCGUUCUCUCUCAGAGCUCGUGUGCGCCGUCAUCUCUUCUGCCGUGGAAGCGCAGCGCUCUGCAUCGCUCGCGCUCCUCCUCCCGCGUCCACGCCCAUCUGCGCAGAUGGAGCGCGGUCGUUCCUGCAGACGCUGCGGGUGCACGCUGCAGUUCUGCCCGUGCUGCGGCGCCGCGCUCGGUGGAAGGCGCGACGGCGCUGUCAAGGGCCCCCCAAACGGUAGCGAAGGCGGCCUAUUCUCUUGUAACUCAUCGUUGCGCACUCGCUCAGCGGCUGAACGCGCCUUAGGCAGUGGUGCGUCCGUGCCGUGGAGCCAGAGUACUGCCGCCUGGCGGAAGCGACUUCCGCGUCGUCCCGUCAGCGCCUAUGAAGUGUACCUGGCAGCAGUCCAUGGUGUCGUUGCCGACGAGGGCGGCAAGGAGGCGGCGGCCGCCUCAAGGGCCCUCGCAGACCCACGGCCGGCUAUGGCAGCAGCAGAAGGCGGGCAGCGCAGUGAUGAGCAGGUGCGCGCUGCUGCGUUGUCCUGGCUGCGCAUGACGCCUGUGGAGAAGCGUGUCUACGAAGAGGAGGCUCAAUCGUGGCAGACGCGACUGGAGACACUGAGCACAGCUCCCCCCUCAGCGCACGACUUGGGGGAGGGCUCCUCAUCGGCCGCCGCGCUGCCUGACGCGCUUCCUUCGGCAGAACAGCCGUUGCCACAGCAGCAGCAUUCAUCUCAUCUCGUCGCACAGCGAUCAUCACCGAAGGCCACCGCAGAGCGCCUGCCGCGCAGCAAGAGCAGCUUUGUGCUGUUUCGUGCGCACAUGAAGGGGCGGCGCAAGAUGUGCAUGCGGGAGCUGUGCGCCGUGUGGCGGAACAUGUCCGCGGAGGAGAAGGCGCCGUAUGACGCGGCGGCGGCGAGUAAGCGCACCGAGCAGUUUCUCUCGCAGACGCCGUCAGCACCGGGCAGCCAGUCGUAG